UGUUACUUCUCUCUCUUAAUAUGCUAGCGCCGCUCCACUCGCCCGAAUCCGACCCUCUGUCGCCGGUAUCCGUUCAUCCCCUGCCGGAAAAUGCACCUUGGCCCACACCACCUCCUCUUGUAAUUCGUACACCGGCUCCCACUCGCUCUCUCACCGGCUCUGCCCAUGCACAACCCAUCUCUUCACAUACAUUACCGAGGUCCUCCAGUACACCAACGAGCUCUUCCCGUUCAAAGCCCAGGUACGCCCAUGCACCGCCCGGUCCCUCCCGUACACAACCUCACAUCGCUGAGCCACCCCACUCGCGUCUGUCCGCCAUUAGAGCUCCACUGCCACAGUCUUCUCCUCCAAGGGCUUUGCUUGCCAUUGUUGGUGCAAUUGCUGCCUUUCUUGCCCUCUUCUGUUUUCUUCUAAUUGUCUGGUCCUUAAAUAAUAAGAGGCGAAACAACAAGAAGAAGCAGUUCAGUGUGUCACCGAAUGCUUCCAAACCUGUUAUUUCAGGUGAUAGUUCCCAUUCUUUUCCUCCUGCCACGGAUAAUUGGGGUUGGAGAAGCAUGGGAGGCCGGGCACAAUUCGGGUAUGAAGAGUUAGCAGUGGCAACCAACUGGUUUUCAAGGGAAAAUUUGAUAGGAGAAGGUGGGUUUGGGCUUGUGUACAAAGGGACGCUUGUGGAUGGACAAGUAGUUGCAGUGAAGAUGCUGAAGCCAAUGGAGAAUAGCAGGCAGGCGGAGAGGCAGUUUCAGGCAGAGGUGGAGGUGAUAAGCCGAGUACACCACAGGAAUUUGGUGGCUUUGUUGGGGUAUUGCAUUGUAGGGGAGCAGAGGCUGCUUGUGUAUGAGUACGUCCCCAAUGGCACACUACACAACCACCUUCAUGGUAUGGGUGGGGAGGGCAUAAAGUGGGUUACCAGAGUCAAGGUCGCCAUUGGCGCUGCUCGUGGAUUGGCCUACCUCCAUGAAGACUGUCACCCUCAGAUAAUUCAUUGUGAUAUCAAGUCUUCAAAUAUUUUGCUGGAUUGUAACUUCAAUGCAAGGGUCUCAGAUUUUGGACUUGCGAAGCUUGUUUCUGACUCAUAUGGCCAUGUAACGACACAUCUUGUUGGAACUUUUGGGUACCUCGCCCCAGAUUAUGCAUUAACUGGAAAGCUGACAGAGAAAUCAGAUGUCUAUGCAUUUGGUGUCUUGUUAUUAGAACUUCUAACAGGAAGGAAGCCAAUUGAUACAUCCCGAACUCCUGGCAAUGAAAGCCUUGUGGAAUGGGCACGACCUCUACUGGAUCGCGUUAUAUCAGAGAGGAAUUUUGAAGUUUUGGCAGAUCCAAGGCUAGGAAGCAGCUUUGACAGAGAGGAGAUGCUGUGUGUAAUGGAGGUUGCUGCUGCAUGCCUGCAACUGUCAGCUAGAAGAAGACCAAGGAUGGGGCAGGUGGUUCGGAUGUUGGAGAAUGAUGAGUCGUGCUUUGAUCACGGGGAGUCAGAUGUAGUAACAAGUGACAGACAGGACUCAGUGCAGAACCUGGCGUUUGCUAAGAUUUUCCAAAUGAUGGCUGUUGGGGAUCAUCAAAACCUCAGCCAAUACACAAUUGGUUGCUCUAGCCAAGUUUAUAAUUCAUUUAAUUGUCAAAACUCUGAUGAUUCUCCCAAACUGAGGUCAACCGGCAUGUGAGAUGAGAAUGCAGAAAGUGUUGUUUUCUUAGUAGAGAUGUGAAGUUAGGUUGUAUCCAAGUGUCCCAUGAUUAUUCCUUGGCUAAUGGGUUGAAAUCUGACAUUAUGUGUGUGUGUUUGGGAGGGGUGCGGAAGAGAAAGAGAGUGUGUGCAGUAAAUGACAACGUGGUAUUACUCUACCAGGUGAGGAUGAGCUCCUCUAUGGGCAUGAGCAUUGUCCAUAAACAAGCCAAUGGAAUAUAAAUUCCAAUGGCUGAAAAUAAAUGGUACCCAGGUGAGUGUUUGUCAAGACCAUCACCAUCUGCCAAAAGGAACGGACAUUGGAUACACUCAAUUCUAUCUAAUACUCUGCACUUUAAUAUCAUGAUUACUGUUUAUCAUUAGUUCCCAAAUAGGAAAAUAGAGAAAUGUCUAAUCCAAAGGGACCUAUUAUUUGUUGGUUGAGGUUUAUAUAAGAUUGUCUCCUUGUAUUUUAGAAGUAAGGCACACCUCUAAAAUUUAAUUAGAGAUGUUCCGGUAUUCGAAAUGUUAUGAUGGUUUGGAAACCUAUUUUUAUCUCUCGACUAUAAAAUUCAAAAUUAAAACAAAGGUACAGAUCAAUAAACAUUUGAAAAUUUUGAGAAUGGAUGGUCCAUAUAACUUGUUAUCCGAUGCGAUAUUUUUUGGAAUUGAAAUUCCCUUUUACUUCAUGCUCAUUCAUCUUGAGGUCAAGAUGAUCAAUUCAUGGAUUCUCCAAUGCAGAUCACUUUCUUUUGUAGAAUUUUUGAGGUGCAGCUUACUUCAUGUGUACAAGGUUUUUCCUUGUUUUCAAGACGACUAACUACCAUUGUCCUUUCAGAAAUUGUAUCCUUAUCCGAAUCUUUUGGUUUUAUGAAUGCCGUGAAGUAUCAUCCCACUCUAGCACGACCAGUUUAGUAAAUCGCACUACUAGGGCUAUCGAAAACGAAAAUUACCGAAAAAAUCUCGAACAUUUAAAAAGUCCCAAAUAGAAAUAUAGUUCUUUUAUACAUUCAAGUACCAUUUUUUCAAGGAAAGGGGUUGGGGUCGUGGUGGUAGCAUCCCAACAUCCAAUUAUCACAUCGUGGUAUCCAUUCCUAUUGUUGAUAUCCCCAGUUGAUAUCCCCAAUUAACACCUUCAAAAUGUAACUCUCUCUAAUAUAUUGAAAAAACGGGUGGGGACCUGUCUUCCGCAUUGAAUUACCCAAAAAAACAAAAUUACCACUGUCAUAUUCCUUUUAUUCCUAAAUUUGCCCCCAUUUAGACAUUCAAUCUCCGAAAUGGAGUAUAUUUCAUUUUUUGCUUAUUUCUCUCAAGCUUUCAGGGUUAAGAUAAGGGAGGUCUAGGGCUUGGAAAAAUUAUAAUUCUAGGACAUCAGAUAAAUUUAUUUAAGAUGCAAAAUCGACGCUUAAUCCAUAAUCAAAGCAGAUCUUUUUGUACUUUCUUCUAAAUUUCUUCUUAAAACUUCUACAAAAUUUGCCUAGGAUACGUAAAGUACCCCCACCUACAAGAUCAUUAACACUCCCAAAUUCUCUCCCCAAAAACAAUAAAGAGGAAAGUAAAGAUGUACAUCAUCUUUUUAAGAAUUGACUCAAGGCAUAGGUGAUCAAAGUGGUAAGUACUAUAACAUGAUAUCUUAAGUUCCAUUUCUACCACAAGUAGAGAUCCCUUCCCCGUAGAUCUACCCUGAAUAUUUACGAAUAGGCUCAAAACAUAGAUAUUCAAGGUAGCAGGCGUCACAACACAUCUUGAGUUCUAUUCAUGUUAUGGGUAGGGGGCUCUUUCCUUGACCUACCCCAAGAGAGAGAGAGAGAGAAGUAAGGGAAAAAUAAGAGAGGAGAGAAAAUAGUUACGUAGGCAAGUAUUAUGUGCAAGUGAUUGUUACAAAUUGCUUCAUAAGAAUUUAUGUUAAUAAUUUCAAAGAUAUUUUGAAAACACGAUAUUAUUGUUUUAUGAUAUCUACUACAUUGAUAUAUGGCCUAUAAUUGCUACAAUAAUGUAUUUUGAAUUUAUGUGCAUAGUAAUAAGAUAUGUGUGCAUGGCAACAUGCUUCUGAUGAGAUAUGUGUGCA